AUGCAUGGUGCGAAUACGUUUUUACAGCGCUUAACUUUUCCCCGAUCGAGCUGGGGUGGUCUCCCUAUAACAUUUGGUCAGCGAAUCCACAGCCCGACAUAUCCUAGUAGCUAUUGGCCUAUUGAGGAAGCAACACUAUCGCGGUUUGAUCAGAAGCGCUACUAUCCCGUCAAAUUUGGCGAUAUAUUCAGAGAACAAUAUCGGAUCAUUGCGAAGCUAGGCUAUGGAGCGUAUUCCACUGUUUGGCUUGCUCGAGACGAGAUAUCGAAGCGAUAUAUCUCGCUAAAGGUCUGCGUUCAAGAUGGAAAGGAGACAUCGCCAGUUACCAACGAAGUGGCCAUGUUGAAGCGCUUGAGUCGAAUUGCUAAGGAGGCUGAUCAUCCGGGCUUAGACUUCACACGUCUUGCCCUCGACACCUUCGAGAUUGAUGGUCCACACGGUCGUCAUUAUUGCAUUGCGGCUGAAGCACAAGGGUGUAGCCUUCGCACAUUGCAGGAAACAUUGGACGAUGCAAUUCUGCCAAAAUUACUCGUCAGAUCUUUGGUACAUCGUGUACUUUUUUCUUUAAAUUGGCUACACGCAGGCUGUGGCGUCGUACAUACUGGUAUGCUCACUGCAGGGGACGGAGGCAUCUUCAAGUACAUCGAGGAACAAGAAUCGCAAGAUCCUAGCACACCAAUCAUGUACAAUGGAGUUGCGCUUCACAGAUCUUGGCCUGCCAUUACUGAAGUUUCAGGCCACCCUAUCGUCACUGAUUUUGGCAAAAUGAGACUAGCAGAGCCGAUGAAUACUGAUUGGUGCAUGCCCGAUAUAUAUCGAGCUCCUGAGGUGCUCUUGAAGCUUCCUUGGUAUUUCCUGGUCGAUAUUUGGUCGGUGGGUGUAAUGACACUUGAGCUUCUAGAAGGCAGAAAUCUCUUCGAUCCUAUGGAUCAUGUUCAUAAUCAAUACGUUCUCCCGUUGGCAUUGUCCCAGUAGAUCGGCUAUCUUGGUCCUCCACCACUGGAGAUGAUCAAACGAAGCCCACUCUUUCAGACAUAUUUUGACGAAAAAGGCAAUUGGAUAUCCGAACCUCCCAUUCCUGAAACGUCCUUUGAGGACUUUAUCA